AUGGCAACCGGCAAUGAGUUGCGUGUCUAUACACCCGCGAUUAAUAGAGUCCCGGAAACAAAAAACAGGACGGUGUGCGUUCCAAAGUUAAUAACAAACUACCAUUUUAUAGUUGGACUAUUCGCACUGUCGUUAUGUUUUAUAAUUGCAAACGGCUUUCUGCAACACGACUGCAAUUUUUUUCAACGAUUAAAACCCGGUAACAUCUAUUACGUGUACAAUCCGGAUUAUCCGGACGUCUCGAAAGGUCGACAAUCCUGCAAAUGGAUCGUGGAAAGCGAUUACCGGGCGAAACUUAUCUGCAAUAUGUUUGACAUACCACGGAGUGUUAACUGCGUCUUUGACAGACUGACUGUGUACGUAAAUAAUUCCGCGGCUCUUUCGUAUUGCGGCAAUGAGAUAUUUGCCGUAGAAUCGACGGGCAAAAUCAUGACUGUUCAAUUAUCAACGUCAUUUUGGUCAUCGGGAGUUAAACUGCUUUGUGAGCUGCAAGCGGUUGAAGAAGCGGAAAAAACUGACGAUUGCAGAUGCGGAUGGAAAAAACCGACAAAAAUAGUCGGAGGCACGCAAACCGGAGUUAACGAAUAUCCCAUGAUGGCUGGUCUUGUCGAUUUUCGUCGUAGAGAAAUAUAUUGCGGAGCAACUAUCAUAUCGCAACAGCAUCUAUUAACCGCCGCGCAUUGUUUGACGAAUAGAAACGCGAGCAGUGUGGGUGUAAUUGUGGGAGAGCACGAUGUUACCACAGGAGCAGAAUCCAAUGCCACGCAAUUGUACACCGUAUUCAAGUUUGUUCUGCAUCCUCUUUAUAACAACGAAACUCUGGAAAAUGACAUAGCCGUAAUAAGAGUGAAUUCCAUCAUAAGCUUCAGCGAAGAAGUUGGACCAGUUUGUCUUCCGUUUCAACAUCAGUCCGAUUCCUUCGCAGGAAAUUUUGUAGAUUUGUUAGGUUGGGGAACAACGGAAUUUGGAGGAGCGAAAUCGGACACUUUACAAAAAGUCACGUUGAGCGUAAUUACGUAUCGUCAAUGUCGUAGCCAGCACGAAGAUUUAUCAUACAGUCAGUUAUGCACUUACGGAGACAGAAAAGACGCCUGUCAGUUCGACAGUGGCGGCCCAGUUCUUUGGCAAAAUCCCACGACAAGGCGAGAAGUUCUUGUGGGCGUCAUCAGUUUCGGCUCUGGUUGCGGCACUGAUAAGCCAGGAAUCAACACACGUGUCGGCAUGUAUAUAGAUUGGAUUCUCGGUGUAACGCCAGGUGAAUACCCAAAAUUUGCAAUGUGUUAUAAAUGCGUUAAAUCUCGUUAA